AAUGGAGUAGCAUCAAUUGUCUAUUGAAAGCGCUCACAAAGCUACAGCUACAGUAUUCAUUCCCAAUACCAACAACAACAACAUGAAGUACGCCGUUAUAUUUGCUCUCUUCCUUAUGGUUGCCGUCGCACACUGCAGUUCCUAUGGCAGUCAUAAUGAUGAACACGGCCACCAGCAUGACCAUGAUGACCAUAAGUUAAACCAACAUGAUCAAAAGAAAGAUCAACACAAUGAACAUCAAGACCAAAGCCAGCGUCAUAGCGACGAACAUGGUCAUGUCGGUCAGCAUGAUGAUCAUAAAGACAGCCAUCAUAACAACCAACCUGGUCACCACUAGCUGGCAACGGCUUAUUGUCUCUCCUUCUAAUCUAAAGUUUUGAGUUGGCUUUGUACAACAAUUUUUGGUGUUAACAAGAAAAGUAAAUAAAUUUUUAAAUGUUAUAAAA